UUUUGUACUUUGGAGCUGUACAUUAGAAAACUGAGCUUUCGAAAAUUUUUAAAAAAUUAAAAUUUUUCCACGUUUUAUUGAAUUUUAUUUAUUUUAAGUUUAUUUAAUAGACGUAUAAUUUUCAUUAAAACUAGAUACUGGAGGUUCACGGAAACCACGUGUAGCAAAAAAGAAAGUUCAUAAAAAGUCAAUGUGUAACCAAUCAAUAUCAAAAUCAGUUAUUCCCGAUUUCCGAAACUUGAAAAGCCACUCGAAUUGCCGAUCUGCUCUUCUCUCCAACUAACAACAUGCCAUGUCAGUCGAAGAAAAAUCCAUCGGAAGUUCACAUCUCAUCUGGUCGUGAUCUCGUCCAACGAACAUUUGUCUUCAGCAACACCACGGGAAAGGAUUUCCUUCUCAAGUUGAUCACCUCAAGCGAAGCCAUCUCAUUCCCAACUAACAUCUUCCGUUUCCCUCCAUCAUCUCAUCGUGUCAUCCAGUUUCGUGUCAACUCGUCGAAGCUUUCCCAUUGGGAUAAGUUGAACAUGUCGAUCAAGGGUUAUGUGAUGCCGAUUUACGCAAAGAACCUCAAGCAGUUUAUCGAUCAGAAGUCUACAGCAGGUACUCAGGAUCAGGAGGCUUUCUCGCUUGCAGUCAAGUUUACGGAUCAGUACUCGGCUCCGCAGGUUCUCAUCAACUUGCCAGGAAGUGCCACGUGUAUCGAGUCGAUGGAUCACCCUGUUGGAAUUGAAGAGCUGGACACGAUCACUGCAGUUAACAUUGAGAAAGACGCCCUGACCGCUGCUCCAAUUGGAAAUCUGAUGGGAUUUGUCGAGGAAUACAAACGUCGCAACACUAACAAAGGUGGAUGCUGGUUGUCCAACUACAUUUGCGGUGGCGAAGAGGAGCAAAAAGAGAAGAAAUCUAUUAGAGGAGCAUCCCGUCGUUCAAGUCGUUCUUCGAAGAAAAGUGCAAAGUCUGCUGGAUCGUCGAGUUGCCGUUCACAGUCUCGUAAGAAGAACAAGAAGAGUCAGGUGAAUGUGUGUCUUGAAGCAACUCCUUGUGGUGGAUCGACUAUUCAGGCCUGAGAACUCAACGGCUUGAUAUAAGUGAACGUACAUGGAUUACAGAAAUGAAGAUAUUUGUAUUU